GUUCCCACUGGGCUCUUCCCCACUCUCCCUCGCCCCUCCUCCCAUGUUCCUUGUUGCUCACCACCAUCAGAGGCAUGUGCCCUGACCGGCUUGCUGCCCGUCCCUCUGUCAUCACUGUUUUAUCACUGUGGUGGGUUGUGCAUUUAGUAAGUGGCUCCCUUUUAGAGAGAACAUAACACUUCUUCAUGGUUGAUCCUGGGACGGUACUCAAGAUCUGGGCUUAUUUAUUUAUUAUUAUUUUUAAAUAUUUUAUUUUUAUUUAUUUGGAGUGAGGUGAGAGCACACAGAGGGAGAGGGAGCCUGCUUUGCAGGGAGCCUGACGUGAGCCUCGAUCCCAGGAUCAUGAUCUAAGCCAAAGGCAGACCUGUCACUGACUGAGCCCCCCCGGGCAUCCCUAGGUCUGGGUUUAAAGGACUGUGCGACAUGUCUUUUUUUUUAUCCUGGACGGUGAGCAAGCAGUCGGUGGGGAGUUAAACCUUAACGACUUUCUUUUCUGAGUUGUUUUAAUCAGUGUGGGGACCCAGAGGUGAAUGGGUCACAAACUGGCAGCCUUGAGCCCUGGAAACUUAUAGGCCUGUCUCUAGCACAUUUGUCAUACACAGACCUAUGUGAUCUUAUGUAAUGGGAUCGUACCACACAUGACUCUCAUUCCCCUCCCCUCCAAGUAAGCCACAUUCUCACAUGAUCCUUUCCAGGCCUCUGCAGAUGGCCAGGCUUCGGUCAUUGUAUUUUAAAAAAAGGAUUAUAUUAUCACAUUCUAUAUUUGCUAUUUAGUGUUGUCAUGUGGAGAUUGCCCCAUGCUGUCUGAUAAAGCUCCAGAUUCAUUCUUUCCAGGCUGGUCAGGAGCCCCUAUCGUGGCCGGGAAGGGGGGCGGGUGAGGGCUUCCUGCAUCUCUUCGUCCCUGUAUGACUAAUGCUGCGGAGAGUGCCUUGGCACAGGUGUCCACAGUGUGGGUGCUGGAAUUUCUGUGGGCUAUUUCUCAGAAGCAAUGACAUGUGUAGCCCUCUCUCCAUGCCACUAACGACCCUGAGGAGGCACAGGCUCCCUCUGGCCCACAGGUGCUGUUUCCAGUUUCACCAGCCUACUGGCUGUGCCAUGAUGCUGCUUUUGGUACUUUAGUUUGGAGCUUGCACUUCUCUGAUAAUUUGGGCAUCUUCUACCUGUUGGCCAUUUAGGCAUUCUUUUCUGUGAAUUGUCUGUUGGUUUGUUUGGCCCAUUUUUCUUUUGGAUUGCUUGCCCCUUUCUUUACAGGCAUUAUUUUACUAGGGCUGCAUUGUGUUUUAAAAUUUCUGUAAAUUUAGGGGUGCCUGGCUGGCUCAUUGGUGGAGCAUGUGACUCUUGAUCUCGGGGUUGUGAGUUAGAGCCUCACAUUGGGUGUAGAGCUUACUUUAAAACAAAAAACAAAAAACAAAAAACAAAAAAAAAAAAACCUUAGCUAUCAACAUUGAAGUCCAGAGCUGUCAUGUAAAAGUCUGGAUUUUUGACUAUAGGGAUCUGUGAGUCCUAACCCCUGCUGACCCCCCAUUCACCCAGCCCUGAGCCUGCUGACUUGGGACAUGUACCCCUAGGUGUUUGCCAUGUGGACCCCUUAGUUUUGUAAAAAGAACCAGGCCUUUUCAGUGAUCACUACACACAUUGGUAAUGACUUGGUGACUUCCUAGUGAAGUUCUUGGCAGUUGCUCAGGUGUUAAGGAUUAUUAUUAUUUUUUUUUUAUUUUUAUUUUUUUUUUUAUUUAUGAUAGUCACAGAGAGAGAGAGAGAGAGAGAGGCAGAGACACAGGCAAAGGGAGAAGCAGGCUCCAUGCACCGGGAGCCCGAUGUGGGAUUCGAUCCCGGGUCUCCAGGAUCGCGCCCUGGGCCAAAGGCAGGCACCAAACCGCUGCGCCACCCAGGGAUCCCAGGAUUAUUAUUUUUUUAAGAUUUUUAUUUAUUUUGGAAGGAGUGUGUGCUUGCAAGUGGGGGGAGGAAAAGAGGGAGCAUGAGAAUCUUAGCAGGCUCUCUUCUGGCUUAACCUCACGACCCUGAGGUUGUGACCUGAGCCAAAACCAAGAGUUGGAUGCUUAAUGGAGCCACCCAGGCGCCCCUCAGGUUUCAGGGAUUAUUUAAAACAACAGCUGCUUAUCUUCUCAGAAUCCACACUGAAAGAUGGUGCUGUCUGUAAAGUGGUUACACUAUGACAUUUCCCUGCUCUCAUCAGCAGAGAGCUGACCCUGCCUGUGCCCUCGGCCAAACUCAGGUGCACAGCUGCUGUGUGUUUGAGAAUCCCGUGGCUGUCGUACCUUUUGCUCACUGUUCAGCUUUUUUAUUACUCAAAAAUAGAAGAUUGGGGUUGUAAGAUAUUUGAAAUUCUGCUUUGGCCAAAAAGUUGUCAUUUCCCCUCCUGUCCAUGAGCAUGGUCCCUGGACUGGAGUCGCCUCUGUCAGGAAACUCAGGUAACCAGCUCCUGCUCGGCCUUCACUUUGAGGUGAGUCCUAAAUGGGUCACUGUGAACAGUUUUUUCCUUAGUAACGUCUGAGUACUGCUUGUUUGCUUACCUUUGAUUUUGCUUUGAAAUUUAGAUGGACUAUGGGUCAGAUUGUAUCCACAGAUGUAACUGUGUGAAGAGAGCAGAUUUGGUGUCUCCUGACCACAUGAUUGUGGUCCCUGGGCACAGUUUCAUGGACACUACUUUCCACAUGCUCCUAUGCAACGUCCUGCGCACACAGGGAGCUAAGUGGAAGCUGAGGGUCCUGGAGCCUCUGAACGCGCGGCGGUGGCACUGACUGUAGAUUCACAGGUUCAAUAGAGGCUUCCCUGCCCCUGGAGAAGGAGGAGCUGGUCCGACUUCAGGCUCGGAAACGGCUGGAAGAACAGCUCAAACAGUACAGAGUGAAGCGCCAGCAGGAAAGAUCCAGUCAGCCUGCAGCUAGAAUGAGAUUGUCCAGCACACUUGACCCCGAACUCAUGCUGAACCCAGAAGCCCUGCCCCGGGCCAGUGCUGUGGCUCUGACGAAGGAAUAUUCCUUCCUGCGCACCAGUGUCCCUCGAGGCCCGAAGGUGGGCAGCCUAGGGCUCCUGACACACCCUAAGGGGAAAAAAAGUUCCAAAUCAAGCAAAAUUCGGUCUCUGGCUGAUUAUAAAACUGAAGACGUCAGUGCUGGGGGUUCUGGUGGAGACGCUGCAGCUGUGGACUCUGCCAGGGUCUCCCUGAAGCAGAACCGAAGCAGCGUGGUGUCAGUGGUAUCUGAGCUGAGCCUGGGUCCUGAGGCCGAUGACCACCUGGAAAAUGUGUCCCUGAUGGGCGACAACAUGUCUGAGGCCGAUGGGAAUGAGAGUGACAGCUCCUCCCACAGCAGUGUCUCUGCCCGCGGGACGUGCGGGCUUCUGAUGAACACCGUGGGCACUCAAGAAGCCUCCUAUGUGGUCAAUGGCCAAGAGAUUGCCGCUGGUGCCCUGGGCCAGUUCCCCUCCAUCACGGAUGUCCUCCAGGCUGCCGCCGCUGAGCACCAAGACCAGGGGCAGGAGGUCAACGGGGAGGCGCGGAGCCGGACAGACAGCAUGUGCAGCAGCAUAUCCCUGGAGAGCUCUGCUGCUGAGACCCACGAUGCCAUGCUACAGGCCCUUAAAGACAAGAUGAGGCUUGAAGGCCAGGUGGAGGCCCUAUCCGCAGAGGCCAGUCAGGCACUUAAAGAGAAGGCAGAGCUACAGGCACAGCUCGCCGCUCUGAAUACGAGGCUGCAGGCGCAGGUGGAACACAGCCACAACAGCCAGCAGAAGCAGGACUCGCUCAGUUCGGAGGUGGACACCUUGAAGCAGUCUUGCUGGGACCUGGAGCGAGCAAUGAAUGACCUGCAGAACAUGCUAGAAGCCAAGAAUGCCAGUCUGGCGUCGUCCAACAGCGAUCUACAGGUGGCAGAAGAGCAGUACCAAAGACUCAUGGCCAAAGUAGAAGAGAUGCAGAGAAACAUCCUCAGUAAGGACAACACAGUGCAUGACUUGCGGCAACAGAUGACAGCCCUACAGAACCAGCUACAGCAGGUGCAACUGGAACGAACGACCCUGAGCAGCAAGCUGAAGGCGUCCCAAGCCGAGAUCUCAUCUCUGCAGCAUGUCAGGCAGUGGUACCAGCAGCAGCUCGCCCUGGCCCAGGAGGCCCGGGUCAGACUGCAGGGUGAGAUGGCCCACAUCCAGGUUGGACAGAUGACCCAGGCAGGCCUCCUGGAACACCUGAAACUUGAGAAUGUGUCCCUGUCCCACCAGCUGACGGAAACCCAGCACAGAUCCAUCAAGGAGAAGGAGCGCAUUGCGGUCCAGCUCCAGGGCAUUGAGGCCGACAUGUUGGACCAGGAAGCUGCCUUUAUGCAGAUUCAAGAGGCAAAGGCAAUGGUGGAGCAGGACCUGCAGCGGAGGCUGGAGGAGUUUGAAGAUGAGAAGGAACAGCUACAGAAGAUGGCGGCCUUGGCUGUCUCCCUGGAGCAGCAGUUGGAGCAGGUGAAUUUGACUUUGCAACAGAGAGACCAGCAGCUUGAGGUUUUACAACAAGAGCAUCUGGACCUCCUGAGGCAGCUCACCUCGACACAGGAGACAUUGCAGACCCGGGAGCAGUCCCUCGGCGACCUGCAGGUACAUUACGACGAGCUGCGUGCACGGCUGGAGGAGCUGCAGGGGGAGGCUGCCUCCAGGGACGACACGAUCCGCUUCCUGCAAAAUGAGAAGAUCGUCUUGGAGGUGGCUCUGCAGGCAGCCAGGAGUGGCAGAGAAGAGCUGGACAGAGGAGCAAAGCGCUUGGAAGAGGGCACCGAGGAGACAUCACAAAUUUUAGAGCAGUUGAGACAAGAGCUAGCUGUUAAGUCCAGCCAGGUGGAGCACUUGCAGCAAGAGGCCGCCACUCUGAAAAAGCAGAUACAGAAAAUAAAGGAACAGUUUCUUCAACAAAAGGUGAUGGUGGAGGCCUAUCGGCGGGAUGCCACCUCCAAAGACCAGCUCAUUGGUGAGCUGAAGGCCACGAAGAAGAGGCUUGACUCCGAGCUGAAGGAGCUGAGGCAAGAGUUAAUUAAACUUCAAGGGGAGAAGAAGUCCACGGAGGUGGAACAUGUGCGCUUGCAGAAAGAGGUGUCCCACAUCCGUCAGCAGAUGGUGGACCUGGAAGGCCACCUCCAGGUGGUACAGAGGGAGCGCAACGAGAUGGAGACACACUUGCAGUCUUUGCAGUUUGAUAAAGAGCAGGUGGUUGCUCUUACGGAGGCCAACGAGGUGCUCAAGAAGCAGAUUGAGGAGCUACAGCAGGAAGCCACCAAGGCCAUCACAGAGCAGAAGCAGAGGAUGAAGCGGCUGGGCUCAGACCUGAGCAGUGCUCAGAAGGAGAUGAAGACCAAGCAUAAGGCUUAUGAGAACGCUGUGGGCAUUCUUAGCCGCCGCCUGCAGGAGGCCCUCGCAGCCAAGGAGUCGGCAGAGUCAGAGCUGAGCCAGCUGAGAGCCCAGGUGGCUGGCGGAGGCAGCAACGUCCUUCUGCACGAGAGAAUCCAGGCUCUGGAGGCAGAGCUGCAGGCUGUCAACCACAGUAAGACGAUGCUGGAGAAGGAGCUGCAGGAGAUCAUCACACUGACCAGCCAGGAGCUGGAGGAACACCGGGAGAAGGUGCUGGAGCUGGAAGAUGAGCUUCAAGAAUCCAGAGGCUUUAGGAGGAAGAUAAAGCACCUUGAGGAGUUGAAUAAGAAGUUGGCCCUUGAGUUAGAGCAUGAAAGAGGGAAGCUUACAGGCCUGGGGCAGUCCAACGCGGCUCUGCGGGAACACAACAGCAUCUUAGAAACAGCUUUAGCCAAGAGGGAGGCGGACCUGGUUCAGCUGAACCUCCAGGUACAGGCAGUCUUGCAGCGGAAAGAGGAGGAGGACCGCCAGACGAAGCAGCUCGUCCACACCUUACAAGCUGCAUUGGAGCGAGAAAAGGCAAAAGUGCACAGCCUCAAGGAACAGGUUGCUGCCUCCAAGGCGGAAGCAGGACAUAACCGCCGCCACUUCAGGGCCGCCACCUUGGAGCUGAGUGAGGUGAAGAAGGAACUGCAGGCCAAGGAGCAGCUGGUUCAGAAGCUGCAGGCUGAGGCCGAGGGUCUCCAGAUUCAAGAGGAGAAACAUUCCCAGGAAAUAGUACAGUUCCAGGCAGAGCUGGCGGAGGCCCGGACCCAGCUCCAGCUCCUGCAGAAGCAGCUGGACGAGCAGCUAAAUAAGCAGCCUAUAGGAAACCAAGAGAUGGAAAAUCUCAAAUGGGAGGUGGAACAGAAAGAAAGAGAACUCCAGUCCUUGAAGCAGCAGCUGAACAUGACUGAACAGCAGAGUAAGAAAGAACUGGAUGGAAUACAGCAGUUAUUGCAGAAUAUGAAAGCUGAGUUGGAGAUGGUACGGGAAGAUCUGUCUCUGACGCAGAAAGAUAAAUUCAUGCUUCAAGCUAAAGUGUCAGAACUGAAGAACAACAUGAAGACUGUGCUCCAGCAAAACCAGCAGCUCAGGCUGGACCUGCGGCGUGGCACGACCAAGAUGAGAAAGGAGCUGAAAGGCGAAACCAGCUCUUCCGGCCCCGUGACACCAGUGAAGAUUCCUGACUGCCCUGUCCCAGCCUCGCUACUGGAGGAGCUGCUAAGGCCCCCGCCUGCUGUGAGCAAGGAACCUCUCAAGAACCUCAAUAGUUGUCUCCAGCAGCUGAAGCAGGAGAUGGACAGCUUGCAGCGCCAGAUGGAGGCACACACCGUCACAGUGCACGAGUCACUGUCCUCGUGGACUCAGGGGGAUCCCACCGCCAGCGCUGCUCCCCUGGGAGAUCACGCCAACCCCAGGGGAGAUACAGAGCAACACAGUCAGUGCAGGGUCUCCAGAGAGGUGCUUGGAACAGUGAGCACCGAGCACCCCCACUCCGAGUGCUUGUAACUACCCAAAGGAAUAUUCUUUUAUCAAUAUUAUUUAUUUGACUGUUCUGUGUUUUUCUAAGAGAUGAAGUUUAAAUUUUGCAUCUGCCUUUACAAGGAGUAAAAGAGCAAGAGCCAAGGGUUAGAGAAAUAGUCAUUUGCAAAUCACAGCUAGCUUUUCCCAUGAAAUGACCAAAUGCUGACAGCCUAGUUUAGAUCUCAGCGAGAAGUUUUUGAAUGUUUCUGAAGGGUUACUUGCAGAAGGUCUCUGUUGAGUGAUUGUAGAUGCUGCUCUGAGGGUGACGCUAACCAGUGGCCACCGGUGGAAACUGCAUGACUGGGUCCCAUUUCUCUUUCCUAAUUCAGUGAGAGCCUUACCUCCCUGCCAAAAUGAAACUUUAUUUGCACCUUUGGUUUUUAUUUUAUUUUCAGUAGCUCUCUCAUUAUAGGAUGUGUAUAUAAAUACAGGAAAUCAUAAGCUAAUCUUUAAAAAGUAUAUGUCCAUAUUAUUUAAGAAUGACCUAAAUUGUCUUUUUAUUGAUUGCUUUUUGAAAAUCUGUCAGGAAGUAAUGUACAUGUAGGAUUUAGGGAUGUCAUCAGAAAAAUAUAUUUUAAGAAAUAUAAUUAUUUUAUUUACUGUACCUUCUAAAACCAAAUAUUCUUGCAGCAAAAAGGUUCUUUGUUUUAGUUUCACUUUAUUUUUGAGAGCCUUGUCCUGAGUGCACACCCCCCCCCCCAUCUCCACUUGACCCUUGGCCCUGCACCGUGUCUCUCACCUUGGCUGACCCCCGAUUGCCGAUUGAUUGCCAAUUGCUGUGCACUGGCCUGAUGUGUGAGAUGCUUGGGGAGGGGUCAGAGGACUGGAGGGGAGAGAGGACCAGGCUCCGCAGGGCUCCAAGCCAGGCAGCACAGCUUCUCCAGGCCUCCCCUUCUGCCCCCCCACUCCUCUUCCCCCUGUGCCCACAUGAAGACGUCCACCAGGGCCUGCCUGUGUGUGGGCAUGCUGAACUCUUUGCGGUGACAGAAGUUCCUGUAACCUCUCAUCUGGAGGGGUUUCUAGAAGGGAUAGGUCAGCUCUGUGAGAAGGCGGCAGAGGCCUCCCAAGCUCCCCUGGAGGAAGCAGGCUCUCUGAGUGCGUACCGUACCUUUCCUCGUCUGCAGUAAUUGACUGGCUCUGACCCUUGAGGUCUGUAACUUUGUCCCCUACUUGGCAAAGAAAUGGAAGCUGAUAGUUACUGUUGUGAGUUAGUGAAGAGAAACCCCCAGGUGCAGAUCUGCUGGUCUGAAGAUGAAGUUGGAAGUGUUACUGAUCAGGCCAUAUAUGCUUGUAUCGACUUAUUACUUAUGCCUCUUUUGUGGAGAAAAUGGUUUGGUAUUUUUAAGCUAUUUGUGUUCUCUUAUGCUAUUAGAAGGUUAAUUGAUAAAGUAGCAUUAACUACAAAGAUGCUUCCUAUUUAAAAAAAAUUCCCUAGCAAGUAUUGAAACUUCUGAAAUAUGUAUAUCACUUGUACAGGGUUAAUUUUGAAAUAAUACUUGAAGACAUCAUUAUAAAUAUAGCCUAUUUUUCACCUUAAAAGUUGGAAAUUGUUUUUGACAAAGUUGUUUUUGUACCAUUAGAGAAGAAAAAUCAUAAUUUACAUUCUUAUUUAUUUUGGGUGUUUUAUCUUCAGUUUUAAUUUUAAAACCAAGACGUGACACUCAGCCUCAGGCUGUGGCUGCUUCCUCGCUGCUGCUCAUUGAAGGUCUCCCAGUGAAAGCCGGUCACUGUGCAUUUCUCCUUAGGAAGGGGUAAAACAGAUUCUGAAUCAUCCUCAAGUGAAAGCAAGUUUCUGUUCCUCACUUUGUUUCCCUCGUGUCUUACCUAUCUGCUGUAUGGGUGUGCAUGCCUGUGUGCACAUCUUUUUGUGCACGUGCGUGUCUGUGUAUGUGUGUCUGUACGUGUGCGGCUGUGUGUGUGCACGUGUGUGUAUGUGUGCGCCUUUGUGUGUGUGUGUGUGGGUGUGCGUGUGAGGGCCUGCAGGAGCAGCACUCCCUGCUUUCCUGACAUCUCCUGUGCCACCUUCGUUGUCACCCCGUGUUUCAGCUCUGUGAGCACCCAGCCUGCCUUAGAUCUGAGUUCCUGGCUGUCCCCACCCACUGCAAUGUGUCCUGGGUGGCCUGCAGCUCCUGACUGGGGGCCCUUUUGUUCAAGCUGACGCCACUUUUAGGCUUCCUUAACAAGUCAUCUGAAGAAGGAAGCUGGACUUUGAAAUCACCUGCUUCUGAUUUGUUGAGGGUUUUUGUUUGUUUGUUUGUUUGUUUGUUUGUUUGUUUAAAUCUCCAAGGGACUUGCUUGGCACUUUUACUUCCCAGGGCUACAUUCUGCAGUGAAUAUCGUUUGUAAUAUUCUGUUGUGGGUAGAAGUAGGAAUUUGGAAUUUACUCAUAGGAAACGGCAGUCCAGUCUGCAGUAUAUGUAAGAACAGGCUUUCUGCUACAUUAUGUUUCUGUAUAUUACUCAUUCUGUGUGAUGUAUACUAUAUGUCAUGUCCCCACUGCAGAAGAUGUUGGCUCGGACCCUUGAUAAUGUCAUUUCUGUUUUUCUUAUGUUUAAAAAAAAAGCUUAUUGCAGUGUGGUUAUCACUGAUUUUUCCAUGGAACACAUUGAAUAGAUGCCACAGAUCUUAGGGAUUUAUAUGGUUUUGUUCUGUUUGGAAGGUAUAACCGGCAAGAUUUUGAUAGGAUGUGAAACUGCCCUGGGGUCCAGGUAAUCAUACGGACUUGCUGGAAGAUUCUUUGAUUCAUUAUGCUCUUUCUCAGUUUAAAGACUUUUCUUGGUGUAGGGAUACUGCAGAAGCCAUGGCAUAUAUUCCUACUCCUAUGAGUAACUUCUUAAAUAGAAAUGUCCUGUGUAAAGAUUUCUAGUAGUGGAAGGGGCCAGUGUAUCUGAAAGACAAAUGUCCUGGAGCCUCCCUCAGGGGCCCUGUGAUGUGUGAGAUGUCCUGAGCCUUACUCAAGUUCACUGACUCCACGUUUCAGGCAAGUCUGAUUGUGUGGUGGUCUCAGGUUAUAAUAGGAUCCUUGAGGGUAAUUUUGUAGAGGGUCUAGAAAACUUGGCGGCUUUACGUUAAGUCAUUUCUGUUAAAAAUUUCCUCAUGAAAGGAGUCCUCAGGUUGGGGCUAUUAGGGGAAAGGUGUCACCAUGCACAACGAAUUGUAACUUUAAAAAGCAUGUUGAUUUUUUAUAAAUUUAAGUGUGCUGGGGAAUUCCUUAAAUUUUGUGCAAUAAACUAUUUUUUGUUAAA